CCGGCACGCCAAGAUGGCGGUGGGCGGCGUGGCGCUCGGGCUGGCCGUAGGGCUGGCGGCGCUGGUGGCGGUGCUGCUGUGGCGGCGGCGGGCGGUGGCGGUGGCGGGGUGGGUGUGCGUGGCGGUGCUGGGCGACCUGGGCCGCAGCCCGCGGAUGCAGUACCACGCGCUGUCGCUGGCCCGGCACGGACGCGACGUUUCGCUGCUGGGCUACCUCCAGAGCGUGCCGCACGGCGACGUGCUGCGCAGCGACAGGAUCCGGCUGGUGCCCGUGCGGGAGCUGCGGGGGCUGCGAGUUGGUCCGAAGCUUUUCCAGUAUGGCAUAAAGGUCAUUGUGCAGGCAGCGCAGCUACUGUACACGAUGCUAACGAUAGAUCGGCCGGCCUAUAUUCUUCUUCAGAAUCCUCCAGGCUUACCUGCUAUAGCUGUUGCCUGGGUAGCAUGCCUUUUCUGGAGAAGCAAACUGAUAAUUGAUUGGCACAACUAUGGAUAUACUAUAAUGAGCCUGAGUCAUGGAAGGAAUCACCCAUUAGUACAAAUUGCAAAAUGGUAUGAAAAGCUCUUUGGGCGUUUGUCUGACUAUAACUUGUGUGUCACUAAUGCAAUGAAAGAAGAUCUGUGGGUGAAUUGCAAUAUAAAGGCAGUAACGCUCUAUGACAAGCCAGCUUCUUACUUUAAGGAAACACCAUUAGAAAUUCAGCAUCAUUUGUACAUGAAACUUGCCAAAGACUAUGAGCCUUUUAAACCACGGUGUGUUACAGAGUCUGUCAGUUUGAGUGCUGAGAGAUCUGCCUUUACAGAAAUGGAUGAAGGAAAUGGACAUGUGAUGAAAACCAGAGGACGGCCAGCUCUUCUAAUCAGCAGCACAAGCUGGACAGAGGAUGAAGACUUUUCAGUCCUUUUAAAAGCCUUAGAAGAUUAUGAGCAGUAUAUCAACGAGGGAGUCAAGCUUCCGUCUUUAGUAUGUGUGAUAACAGGUAAAGGACCUCUAAAAGACUACUACAAUGGACUGAUAAAUAAACUGCACUUUAAACAUAUCCAGAUCUGUACGCCAUGGCUUGAAGCUGAGGACUACCCUCUCUUGCUUGGCUCAGCAGACCUGGGGGUGUGUCUCCAUAAAUCAUCUAGUGGUUUGGAUUUACCCAUGAAGGUGGUAGAUAUGUUUGGCUGUUGUUUACCUGUGUGUGCAAUACAUUUUGAAUGUUUACAUGAACUUGUGAAACACAAUGAAAAUGGUCUGAUAUUCAGGGACUCGAGUGAACUUGCAGAACAGCUAAAGAUGCUUUUCUUGGAAUUUCCUACACUGGAAGGCAAACUUCACAACUUCAGAAAAAACCUCCGUGCAUCCAAGCAGCUGCGCUGGGAUGAGAGCUGGGACCAGACUGUUCUUCCUUUGCUUGGGCAGAAUGAAUGACUGUUUGUGGGGGGGGAGGGUGUCAAAAAAGCUAAUACAUUCCUGGAGCUGUAUAGGUUUGAUAAAUUGUUAAUAAACACUUUGUAUUGUCUAUA